AUGUCUAAUCACAAGAGCACAGAGUCUGCUAUAAAGAACUUGGAGAUUCAAGUGGGACAACUAGCUAAGCAAAUAGCUGAGAAUUCUUUUGGAGGUUUUGGAGCCAAUACUGAGAAAAAUCCCAAAGAAGAAUGCAAAGUUGUCAUAACUAGAAGCAAGAGGGAAACCAUAGUAGAAGAGGAAGGGAGGAAUAAUGAUGAGCAGGAUGAUGUUAUCCAAAGAAUCCUUCCACCUAAAUACAAGGAUCCAGGGAGUGUCACCAUCCCUUGCUCUAUUGGUGCAGUGUCUGUUGGAAAAGCCCUCAUUGACUCGGGGGCCAACAUAAACUUGAUGCCUCUCUCCAUGUGCAUAAGGAUUGGAGAGCUGGAAAUUAUGCCAACAAGAAUGACAUUGCAACUAGCAGAUAUGUCUAUUACAAGGCCUUAUGGUGUGGUUGAAAAUGUUUUGGUCAAGGUGCGACAAUUCACCUUCCUUGCUGACUUUGUGAUCAUGUAUAUUGAAGAGGAUGCUGAAAUCCAACUGAUCUUGGGCCGUCCCUUCAUAUUAACUGCCAAUUGUGUGGUGGAUAUGGGAAAAGGUGAUCUAGAAAUGAGCAUGGAUGAUCAGAAAGUUACAUUUAAUCUAUUUGAAGCCAUGAAGCACCCAAGUGACCACAAGGCCUGUUUUAAAGUAGAAAAGGUGGAACAUGAGAUAGGCAUGGUAGCUAGAGCCAUGGUAUUGCAAUCCCCACUUGAAAAAGAACUGACUAAUACCAUGAAGUGUCUGACAACGGAGGAAGAAAAAGAAAUGCAGAGCUGUUUAGAAGAAUCAGAGGGUGUAGAAGAAAAUCUUCCUGGAAGAAUUGUUUUUGAAAAAUUGAAGAAGGACAUCCCAGUAGAAAAGGCUAAAGUGGAGUUGAAAACCCUUCCAGAACAUCUGAAGUAUGUGUUUUUAGGAGAAAAUGAAACCAAUCCGGUGAUCAUCAACAAUUCUCUAAGAAUAGAGGAGGAAUCUCAUCUGGUGAAGGUUUUGAAGAAACAUAAAGCAGCUAUUGGAUGGCAUAUUUCUGACUUGAAAGGAAUCAACCCUUCUUAUUGUAUGCAUAAGAUCAACAUGGAAGCUGACUAUAAACCGGUAAGAUAG